AAUAAGAACAUCUCAUUUCAGUAGGCCUUUAAAUUGCGUUUAUUUUGAAAAAAGAAAAUCUGCUGUGGUAGGAAACGUAAGUUGCGGGCUUCUAGCGCAUGCGCAGAUGUACUUGAAGCGAGGACCGCAUGCUAUGGUUCGGAGAAUUUUCGAUUUCACGAUCUUAAAGUCUUAUGAUUCACAGCAAAUAUAGCAACACUUAUCUCAAGUCGUGUUUCCCAAAGCCACGAAACGUGCAUUGAGUUUGGAGCGAUAUCUGAAGUGAAGAUUGAAGACGUGAUAGAAGAUGGACGACUACUGCUAUGCUAAGAUGGCGACGUCAUGUCAAAGAGAACAUUCCAGCAAAUCACCGACGGAGAUAAAGACGGAAGAUGAAGACAUCCAGCAACUGAUUAGUCACCCUGAAGAACUUCGGUCUGAGCCGCAGGGGGUCAGCUCCACUUUGAAGCAGGAGGCUCCGCAGCCACCUCACAUUAAAAUGGAAGAGGAGGAACUCUGGAUCACUCAGGAGGAAGCUGAUCUUACCAAGCUGCCACUGACUGUUGUCUCUGUGAAGACUGAGGACGAUGAAGAGAAACCACACGUAGACGACCUCUUAGCUCCACUAUCAGAUAGUGAGGUUGAAGACGAGGUUGAAGUAACUUUGAGCAGCGAUACAGACUGUGAAGGUGACACGAGGACUCACACUGACAAAAAACACGCCGACUGCUCGAAAAAGAAGACGCGUAAAAAAACGUUGAGCUGCACGGUUUGUGGUACAAGAUGUACAAAAAAGAGCCGUUUGACUCUACACAUGAGAACACACACAGGAGAAAAACCAUUCAAUUGUUCAGUUUGCAGGAAAAGCUUUUCUCAAAAUAGCGGUUUGACUCUACACAUGAGAACACACACAGGAGAAAAACCAUGUAAUUGCACCGUUUGCGGCAAAAGCUUUUCUGUAAAGAAUCCGUUGAUUGUACACAUGAGAACGCAUACAGGGGAAAGACCAUUCAAUUGCUCCGUUUGCGGUAAAAACUUCUCGCACAACAGCAGUUUGACUGAACACUUGAGAACACACACAGGAGAGAAAACCUUUCUUUGUUCAGUUUGUGGGAAAAGCUUUUCUCGAAGAAGACAACUGAUUCUACACAUGAGAACACACACAGGAGAGAGGCCAUUUAAAUGUUCAGCUUGCUGCAAAAGCUUUUCUCACAGGUGGAAUCUGACCAAACACAUGAGAACACAUGCGGUGGAAAAAAUCUUCAAUUGCUUAGUUUGUUGCAAAAGCUUUUCUGAAAAGGGUGAUUUGACUGAACACAUGAAAAUGCACAAAGGAGAAAGACAAUUUAAAUGUUCAGUUUGCAGUAAAAGCUUUUCUACUAAUGGCAAUUUGACUCAACACAUGAGAACACACACCGGAGUAAAACUAUUUAAUUGUUCAGUUUGUUGUAAAACCUUUUCUCAAAAGGGCAGUUUGACUUACCAUAUGAGAACUCACACCGGAGAAAGACCAUUUCGUUGCUCAGUUUGCAGUCAAAGUUUUUCUUACAAACAGGGUUUGACUCGACACCAAAUGAAACACACGGCAGCGAAACCGUUCAGCUGUUCAUUUUGUGGCAAACGCUAUACUCGAAGGAGCCGUUUGUCCGGUCACCUAAGAACACAUCGUAAGUAGAAAAGAUUUUAAAAGAUAGAAACAUUUUAGUGUUCUGUUUGCGGUCAACGUCAUCCACACAGUCUCAUUUCUAAUCACAUGCGAACACACACGGGAGGAAAAAACAGUUACCUAAUUUAAAGUAAAAGCUUUUCUGUGGACAAAAUUUGACUCAACACAUAAACACCCUACAGAAAACUUUCUCAGUCGUUGUAUUGGCAGACAAAGACAUACCUGAUACAUGAAACCACACAGUACAAAAAAAUGUUUAGUUGCUUAGUUUGUUGUAAUAUAUUCACCCAGGAGUUAGCACAGGCCUGGGCAAUUAUUUUGACUAGCUCGGUUGACAGAAUGGCCGUGCCAGCAACUUGAGGGUUCCAGGUUCGAUCCCCGCUUCCGCCAUCUUAGUCCUUUGGCAAGACACUUUACCCACCUGCUCCCAGUGCCACCCACACUGGUUUAAAUGUAACUUGGAUAUUGGGUUUUACUAUGUCAAGCGCCUUGAGUCGCUAGAGAAAAGCGCUAUAUAAAUAUAAUUCACUUCACAUUUAGAGAAAAAAAUGUGACUGGGGCCGGUACAUCUGUUUUUAGGAACACUAAUACGAAACCUCACAAUAAUGUCUGAAUGAAUGCUAUAAAUGUUAUGACAAACCGCCUUAAAAAAUGUAAUGGAAUUUUACAUUUUUCUAUGAAGGAUAAAACACUGAAUAUUGACAAAAUAUGAACAUCGAUCGACAUAUUUUACAAGUGAAACGCAACAAAUACGCAACAAAGUAAAAUAUGAACACGAUGGGUACAAAAUACCCCCAACUACAAUCUGAUAUAUCUGAUAUUGUCAUGAUCCGCUACUUGGAUCAUGGCGUAUUCUGGUUUUGUUCUGUUUUGUAUCACAUCCUUGUAGUAUUUGACUCCAUAGAUCCUGGUGGCACUUCCUGUUUUGUUUCCAUUGUCACAGUAACCCAUUUGUGUCACCUCCAUCCAUCCAUUUUCUACCGCUUAUUCCCUUUCGGGGU